CCGCUCAAGUUUGCGUGAACGUAACACCAUUUUCGGUACAGUUGCUAUAGAAACAACUUAUAGUUAGCAACGGCUAACCUGUGGACAUAUUUGUUCGUAACGGUGCUUAUAGAGUUUGCUGGUCUUGUGAAAUCGUCCAUAUGGAAGAUCGAUAUGCUUUCCUUGCCGAAUGGUUUGAUCAGCAUGCAUCUCUCCUGCGACGCUUCCUUCUGUUCUUCUACAUUACAGAUGGCUCCGUGGAAAUGUAUGAUUUGAAGAAUCGAAAGAAAUAUUUGAAGAGGACCAAAUGUGACAGCGUCAAUCAGGAAGAUUUAUUCGUGGGGAAUCGACUCAAUAUCUUCUCUCGGCAGCUACAUUUAGUAGAUUAUGGAGAUCAGUUCACGGCAAACAAACUUGGCAGCGAAAAGGAAAGGACUCUUGCUUUGAUAAAACCAGAUAUGGUCAGUAAGAUCGGAGACAUCCUGGAGUUGAUAAAUGCCUCCAAGCUAAUGGUGACCAAAGCAAAAAUGACCAAGCUCACAUGGAGCCAAGCGGAAGACUUUUACGUGGAACAUCAGUCAAAGCCUUUCUUCAGUGCGCUGGUGCACUUCAUGUCCUCUGGCCCAGUGGUUGCCAUGGAGCUGGUGGGUGACAAGGCCCUGUCGAUCUGGAGGGAGCUCCUGGGACCUGCAGACUCUGCUGUGGCGUUAACAGAGGCGCCACAGAGCAUCCGUGCACAGUUUGGAACAGACGCCAUCAAAAAUGUGGCCCAUGGCUCUGACUCCAUAGCUGUAGCAGCAAGAGAGCUGGAAUUCUUUUUUCCUUCCACGGUCGGCCAUGGCCCCUCCAACACAGCCCUGUUCACAGACUGCACAUGUUGUAUCAUCAAACCCCACGCUGUAUCAGCAGGGCUGACUGGGAAGAUUCUUAACUCCAUAUCUGCAGCUGGAUUUGAGAUCUCAGCUCUUGGAAUGUUCUACCUGGAUCGAGCGAAAGCAGAGGAGUUUUAUGAGGUGUACAAAGGCGUUGUGGACGAGUAUCCUGAUCUGAUAACCGAGCUGUGCUCCGGACCGUGUAUGGCUCUAGAGAUCCACGGUGCAGACGCACCCAGGACCUUCAGGGAGUUCUGUGGGCCUCCUUAUCCAGAAAUCGCACGGCUUCUUCGUCCUAACACACUGCGUGCGCUCUAUGGCACAGACAACGUAAAAACGGCCGUCCACUGCACGGACCUUCCUGAAGACGGCAUUCUAGAGGUGGAGUUUUUCUUCAAGAUUUUGGAUCGAUGAAAUCAAGAGAAAGUGUGACUGUUUGUUUAUUCUUCUGUUUAUUGUUUCAACCUCUUGCAGACUAAAUAAAGAGACAAGAGCAGACUC